AUGUCUGGGCUCUCUACAUCUUUAGAAGAUUCAAACUUAAUCACUUUAGCUUUAUCCCUACGACAAACUUUAGAACCUAGUACCAGAGCAUAUGCCGAGAAACAAUUAGAAGUAGAAGAACAACGACCAAACUUUUCAAUCUCUCUUUUACAACUUGUCACAAAUGAUACUCUUGAAAUAACUGUACGAACUGCCGCUGCAUUACUUUUUAAAAACUAUGUUAAAAGAAAAUGGAACUGGGAAGAAGAGUCUAAGAUCCAGCCUGAAAUAAGAAAAACCAUAAAGGAUACCAUUAUUGACAUUUUAAUUGCUGUUCCUACCACCCUUCAAACUCAACUCAUUGAAAGUAUAACUAUCAUUGCCGAUUCUGAUUUUCCUGAUGACUGGGAAAAUUUAUUACCAAAAUUGAUUCAUAACUUUAGUCAAGAUGAUUUUGUCCGUAAUAAUGCUAUAUUAUUAACAGCUCAUUCUAUCUUCAAAAAAUGGAAGCAUCAAUUUAAAUCGGAUCCUUUAUACAAAGAGAUAAAUUAUGUUUUGGAUAUAUUUUGUGAACCAUUUUUUCAACUUUUACAGGCAACUGAUGCAUAUAUUGAGCAAAACAACAACAAUAAAGAAAAUCUUCAAUUGUUUUCCAACACAUUAUUACUACUAUUAAAAGUUUUCUAUGAUCUCAAUUGUCAAGAUCUUCCUCCAUUUUUUGAAGAUAAUUGGGAAGCAUGUAUGAAUCUUUUUCAUAAAUACAUAACUUAUCAAAAUCCAUUAUUGGAAACACAGAGUGAGGAAGAAGCUGGCACGCUUGAGAAAAUAAAAUCUUCAGUUUGUGAAAUUAUUAUAUUGUACACAAAUAAAUAUGAAGAAAUAUCUACAAUGUUACCACAGUUUGUUAAUACAAUCUGGAACUUUUUAACUACAAUAGGAUUGGAACCUAAAUAUGAUAUUGUAAUUAUUUUAUUUGCAAAACUAGAAAGAUAUCAAGUUAUUUUCAAAAAUCUUUUUAAUAAUGAUGAGGCUAUCAAACAGUUUUGUGAAAAAAUUGUACUUCCAAAUAUGUACUUUAGAGAUAGUGAUACUCGUAGAAGGGCUGCAACAGACUUUGUGCGCAGCUUGAUGUCACAGUAUUUGCACAAUAUAACAAGAGUUAUUGGAGUUUAUAUUGCAGAAUUCCUAAAGCGUUAUAAUGAAAAUCAAAAAAAUUGGAAAGACAAAGAUGUAGCAAUUUACCUUUUAACUUCGAUUGCCACUCCUGGAACUACUACAAAAGUAAGUUAUACUAUUCAAUUAUCAGUUGAACUUAACGAAGCUUUAUUGUUUGCAAAAGAGAUAAUCAGAUUAUUCAAAUUAAAUUACAAGUAUGGUCUCACGGUAGUAAAUGAUUUAGUAGACGUUGUUGAAUGGUUCUCUGCAAAUGUCUUACCAGAUCUACAAACUGUUGUUGAUAGUGGGGAACCAGUUUUGAAGGUCGAUGCAAUUAAAUACAUAUACACUUUCAGAAAUCAGAUGAAUAAAUCACAACUAACUAGUGUUUUCCCAUUAUUAGUCAAACAUGUUUCAUCUUCCAAUUAUGUAGUUCAUACUUAUGCUGCAAUAACUAUUGAUAAAAUGUUAACAAUGCGCAAAGAUAAUGCAAUGUUAUUUAGUAGGGCAGAUAUUAAGCCAUAUACUCAAGAACUUUUAAUUAGUUUAUUCAGAUUAAUCGAGUCAGGAACAACACCUCAAACAUUAGCGGAAAAUGAUUAUCUCAUGAAAGCUGUAAUGAGAGUUAUUUUCACUAGUCGUGAGGAUAUUUUACCUUAUGUUGGAGAUAUUAUGAGUCACUUAAUUGCUAUUUUAGGACAAAUUAGUAAAAAUCCGAGUAAUCCUCGUUUCAAUUAUUAUGUUUUUGAAUCAAUUGGAGCAUUGAUUAGAUUUAAUUGUCAAGGUAAUACUGAACUAAGAAAAAAUUUCGAGGAUACUCUGAGUGGAAAUAUUCCUGGGCUAGUUAAAUUAUUACAAACAUAUCUUUAUCGAUAUUCAAAUAUAAUAAUUUCAAACGGACAACUUGAGCCAAUUUUAGGCAUCUUUCAUAAAUUAAUUGCAAAUAAGAAACGUGAUAAAUAUGGAUUAGAUUUAUUAAGCUCAGUCAUUCGAAACGUACCUACAGCUGCAUUAAAUCAAUAUAUUGGUCCAAUAUUAACGCUUCUAUUAUCAAGAUUUCAAAGUAGUAAAACUGAUUCAUACACUAUGGGAUUCGUUUAUUUUGUAUGUUAUUUUCUUGCUGUAGAUAAGGAAGGGAUGAAUCCAGAUUAUGUAAUCCAAGCAUUUGAUUCACUUCAAAAUCAACUUUUUAUACAAGUCUUGAAUGCCUUCAUCAUUCCUCAUUUACAAAAAGUUCAAGGUUACAUGGAACGUAAAAUUUGCGCAGUGGGGAUGACACGUCUUAUAACACAAAAAGAUAUGCAAUUCCAAACCUCGUAUUCCAAAUUAGCAACUACCAAUAAACCAAAGGAUGAUCCUACAGAAUCAAUCAAAGAUCCAAAAAUCUUUUUAGCUCAAUCCAUUAAAAAUUUGAAUGAUUUACAUCCUGAAAUGAUAUCUGAAACUAUACAAAAAAGAAUACCACCUGAGUAUACGCAUUACCUUUUUCAAUACAUGACAUACUAA